CUCUCUUUCGGUUGCAGCCCAUCAGUCCUCCGCUGCUGCCUCCUCCAGUAGCAGCAGCAGCUCCAGUCCCCUCUUUAUGCAGCAGCCGCGCGCUGAACAGACCUGGACAUAUCCAAACUUUAACUUCCAGCUCGUGUCUCUCCUGCCUACCUGCCUGCUCGACCUGCAGCUCUUCUCCUCCCCGCCCCGCUCUCCCCGCUGAGCUCCACAUGAACAGCUCCAUUUGCAGCGGACGCAUGGAGAUCUAAUUUUGCGCUCAAGUCCCGUGGAGGCUGUUGUUGUUGUUGUUGGGCUGUUAGUGUUGUUUUGCUGUUCCCUUGGUUGUAUGGUCUGCUCAUGCGUCGGGAAUGCCAUGGCCACUCCGAGCGCACAGCAGCAGCACCAGGAUUAUUUCAGAUCGGUUAGCAGCGAGUCCACCACCUACAUGAUGGUCCCGGCCGGCGGGCCGAGCGGGACGAGGCGCCGGGAAACGCCUUCCAAGAUGUGGGUGGCGAUGGUGGUCAUAGUUGUGGUGGUGCUGCAGAUAGCCUGCACCACGGGGCUCUUCCUCUACCUGAACAUGUCCAUAUCGCAGGUGCGUAGCCAGGGGGUCACAGAGGAGCUGAAGUGCCUGAGUUUACUGAAUGCUCUGGAUAAGGACCAGGACAUCCCCGACCAGCUGGCCCAGCUCUUCGGGGAGCCCUGCAUCAAACUGGCCGAAGGCAUCAAAGCAUACAUCUCCAAGGUGACAGAGAACAUCAUCUCUAAACAAACCUUCAUAGAGGCGAGAACCAUGCCUCGCUCUUUCAACAACUCAGGGUCAAAGUUCAUGACCUCGGUGGCCCAGAGGCCAUCUGCUCACUUGACCCUCAGAGACACCGGCUCUCAAGGGUUCCCUCCCUACCUGACGCCAGGUCUCCACCAGUCCUGUCGCCAUGUGGUCCGCACAUGGGCCAAUCAGAGCUUCGGAGCUCACCUGCACAACAUGACCCUGUCCAAUGGGAAACUCCGGGUGCCUCAGGAUGGGCGGUACUACUUGUACUCACAGGUGUAUUUUCGUUAUCCGUCCCCAGCAGCCAGUGACGGAGACCAGCGCAGCGUCAGCCACCAGCUGGUGCAGUGCGUGUACAAGAAAACCUCCUACCCCAGCCCCAUACAGCUCCUGAAGGGGGUGGGAACGAAGUGCUGGGCUCCGGACGCCGAGUACGCCCUCCACUCCGUCUACCAGGGAGGUCUGUUUGAGCUGAGGGCCGGCGACGAGCUCUUCGUCUCCGUCUCGUCCCCGACCAUGGUCAACGCGGACGACUCCUCCAGCUACUUUGGCGCCUUCCGCCUGGACCUCUGAGCGUAAAGGAUGGAAGAAGAAAGAAACAAACAGAUGAAUAAAUGGGUGGGCUGAAGACGAUGAGUUAGGGGCCUUCUGAAUUUCCGUUGAUUGAAAGAAACAUUUUUGUCAGAGCUGUAGGACGUUGGCCUGGAUCUUGGAUCCUCAAAGUUUGCUUGGAUGGAGAGAUACACUGACGGAUGGAACCGCUGAGAAAUAUACAAAGACACAUGUGCAAUCACGCAAAAAAUAAAUGUGAGGAUAUCAAUUUUCUGUUGAUUCUUGGGAAUAGCAAAUUGCCUUUUGGAUGUCAAAAAAAAGAAGUUAACCACAGAAAAACAUGUAACACCUUCCUGUCAGAUGAGAAUUUCCCAUAGAAUUAGGCCACCCUACACCCACAAAUACCACAUGAAUCGCAGUAUAUUUCGAACAACAGCAUCCUUUUUGUGGGAUUUGGAUUCAAGACCGAAGAAUGUAGACAAUAAAAACUCAAAUCCUCUGCAUCCGAGAUGUGGGGAAGGACUGUGGAAUGGUAGCAGAAGAAAGUCAAAUGAUCAAACCAAAGCAAAGCUUUUUUUUUCUUUUUUUAAAGCGUGCCAUGAGAGUACUGUACAUAUGGAUGGCUGAGAAAGAGAUUUAGACAAUGAACUGUGGUGAUUUAGAAAAAUAACUCACAUGUAUUUUACCUUGCCUGGACUUAAAACCACUUGGAUUUUGCCGAGGACUAUCUACAACACUAGAUCUGUGGAUUUUAUGCAAAGACAUUUUUUGGAUGAUAAGGAUUGUUUCUUUGUACUUGAUUGAGUAAUAUGACUGCAAGACCGUGAGCAACAUAUAGUGCCUUUUUGAACAAAUGACAUUGCAAGGAGGAAUGAAAACAGAGAGGAAGAGGCAGAAAUCUUGUAAAAGGCCAAUAAGAAUGACCUCAUGCAGCAGAAGAUAAAAGGAAAGAGAGAGAACAAGGCUGGUAUGCAGCCCGACCAGUCUGUGUUGUUGAAGAUUCCCUUGCAAUCUCUUUUUCUUUUCCUUUUCCUGUAAAGAAUUUAAAAAAUCUUGUCUACCCUGUGAAGCUGCAUUCAGUUUUAUUUUAAACAUCAGUGAAGUCACCAACCACAGACACACAUGCCAACAGCUAGUCGCACAAACACAAACACACAAAGGCAUGGUUUAGGUGCUUAUCAGAUCAAGAGAAAAGAGGUUUGGCAAUUUUAACAAACACUCACUGUCACUGAUAUGUUGUUAAAACAUCUAAAUGUCUGAAACUACUUUUAUUUUGCACCAAAUUUAGCCCAAUCUUAACCAAGAUAUCUUUAGUCUUGCAAAUCACACAAAAACAGUUACUUUGGAGAGUCAUCAAAGACCAAAUAAGGAAAGUGGCCACUCAUUAUAUAAAAAAGGUCAACUGGAGAAUUGACUGUACAAAAAAUAACAUCUGUACAAUGAGAGAAUUGCCUGAAAUUGGAGCAGAUUUACAUCACUUUAGCACGGAUUAACAUUAGAGAAAUAGGUUGACAUUUUGACAUUUUUAUCCAUCUUUCUGUGAGUUAGAUGAGUUUCAUACCACUCCCAGAACUGCUACAAGCAGGAGACAGUUCAUCUGUUUUAUAUUAGUCUAUUUCACGGCGUUCCACUUCCGGGAUUGCUCCGUUGCUGAUGGAAAUCCGUCGGAUUUCACUUUUAGGCCGGAUGUCCGUUACCUUCUGCUUUCUUUGUGUUGGUAUUUUAAUCUCCGGUGGCCUGAUGAUAUGUUUAACUGCUCCUCAGAUCUCUGCAGGGUAAAUCCAGACAGCUAGCUAGACUAUCUGUCUAGUCUGAGUUUUCUGUUGCACAACUAAAACAACCUUUUAACGUACAUGUUUCACCAAAACAAGUUCCCUUCCCAUGGCUAUUUUGCAGAGACACCGUUGCGCCAUACAGCAGUUAGUGCCGUCCAUGACCACUGUGAUUGGUUAAAAGAAAUGCCAAUAAACCAGAACACAUUUUUCUUCCAUCCUGGAAAUGUUGUGUGGACUUGCCAGAACCUCCUCCACAGCGCUGUAGAGAAAGGUCUGGCACUGCGAGACUGAUUUAUUUGAACAGAUAUCUGCAUAUGCAUGCCGAAUCUGGAGGCAACGGGACAAGAUUUUGUUAUCGUAAAUGUUCUGGUUUACCUUUGUAAUCCGAGUAGUUUUGACCAAUCAUGUUUGAGCAGGCUUUGGUUGCAUGCAGGUAAACAGUCUGUGUGGAGCGUAAAAGAAGCGGAAAGCAUUGGCCAAAAUGCAAUAUCGGAACCCAUUAGCUCUCUUAACUUAGCUUAGCACAAAGACUGGAAGCAGAGGCAAAGGAGGAUUUUGUCACUUGCCAUGCUAGCUGUUUCUCCUUGUUUCAACAUGUUAAACUAACUGCCUUCUGGCUCCAGCUUCAUAUGGUAUCAAACUCAUCUAAUCCUUAGCAAGACAAAAUGAGCUUUAUUGCUUUAUUUCACAACCAGUCACUUAUCAUGUGCCAAUCAAAUGUGUUUAAAUAUUAUUGUAUUAGUUAGUUAACUGGAUAAAAGUUUAAUGCUAACAAGAAAACAAAAGUACAAAAACUACAUUCACACACACCAGCAGAUGAAUUCCUCCAAUAUGGCUGCCAGUCACCUGGAAAACGUUGACAAAAAUAAAAACAUAAGCAAACAUUUUAUACAGUUCUGAUUUAGAAACACACCGAAGAAUUGCACAACAGUUCAGAGGUGAAGACAGAAAAGAUGAAUUUUAGGAAAAUACAAAGCAGAUAUUAGUAACAAAACACAGACUCGCAUUAAGACAGAUUUGGAAGGGGAAAGAGAAGAUAUUCACAGACAAACUAUGCACCAACUCGCACAGACUCCACCCCGGCACACUUUAUCUCUGGCAUGCACAUAAGGAGAUACAAACACCACCUCUCACCACAUCCAGGCUGUGCUCCGCAGAAACACACAUCAUCCAGCUUCACAUUCUAAAGACCCAAACCCACCCAUUUAUCCACACCAUCUUGCCUCCCUGUGUCAUCUGGUAGCUGUCAGUGAUCAGUUGGCGGCAUGCAUGGAGUGUGUGUGUGUGUGUGUGUGUGUGUGUGUGCAUGCACUGAUGUUUCUUUAAAGUGCUCGGUUCACAUGGAUAAUUCAUAAAACGAGGUCAAACUAACGUAAACGCAUUUCUUUGUGUCUCUACUAUUUGUUUUCCCUAAGAGAAAAGGUUUUAUACACUCACACACACUCUGACGCACACUUUUAACCAGGUGACUCAGUUUGAUUGCCGUUUCAACUGUGUUUUGUUUUGCACCAGGUCACGUUUCUGUUGGAUUUUCUCUCAGCACGCUGACGCUCCAUUACAUCACACAUACCAAGCUUGCCCUCUCUCUGUAAACUUGAGCCAAAGUUGGUUUGUUUUUCAGUAUAAACUUCCAACAAUCAUACGGCCUUUUCUUUCUUGCACUCCGACCAGCACAAACAGAUCACUCAAACAGGUCCAGCGGCGGUGAUAAUGCAACUAACAACAACAACAGCUGAAAUCUCUGGCCAGCGGGGGAAACAUUUGCAUUGAAUGUGUCUGAGGUGUGUUUGUACUCAACAGUUUUGUAGCUGUGAACAUGUGUAGCACAUGGUUGCUAUGAAAAUAAACAAAUAUUUGAACUUUC